AUGUCUUUCUUCUUACAGAGCCCUUACAGAACGGUUUUACGGGAUAAUGCUGUGCCAACUAUAUUUGAUCUUACAAGUCACCUGAACAAUCCCCACAGCAGACACAGGAAAAGGAUAAAAGAGCUGAGUGAAGAUGAAAUAAGAACACUGAAGCAACAAAAGAUUGAGGAAGCUUUUGAACGGGAACAGACAACUCAAGAAUUGAACGAGAGCAAUGAGCAGAACACUGUCUCAGAGGAAGGAGGGGAAGGACAAGAGGAAGAAGCUGUCCCCUUAACACUGGAAGAAAGAGAAAACAAAGAUUACCUUAAAUCUUUGUUUGAAAUUUUGAUCCUAAUGGGUAAACAAAAUAUUCCUUUGGAUGGCCAUAAUAUUGAUGAGCUUCCAGAAGGUAUUUUUACUUCAGAUAACUUUCAGGCUCUACUGGAAUAUAGAAUAAAUGCCGGAGAUGAAGUUCUGAGAAAGCGAUUUGAGAUGACUGCGGUCAAUCUUGAAUAUUGUUCAAAAACUCAGCAGAAACAAAUGCUUGAGAUCUGUGAAAACUGUGUUAGAGAAGAGACACUGAGGGAAGUAAGAGACUCACAUUUCUUUUCUAUCAUCACUGAUGAUGUAGUAGACGUAGCGGGAGAGGAACAUUUGCCGGUGUUGGUGAGAUUUGUUGAUGAUUCUCAUAACCUGAGAGAAGAAUUCAUAGGUUUUUUACCUUAUGAGGCUGAUCCGGAAAUUUUAGCCGUUAAGUUCCACACGACUAUUACUGAAAAGUGGGGUCUAAACAUGGAGUACUGUCGAGGUCAAGCCUACAUCGUCUCCAGUGGGUUUGCUUCUAAAAUGAAAGUUGUGGCUACAAGACUCUUGGAAAAGUAUCCACAAGCUGUGUAUACUCUGUGUUCCUCGUGUGCCUUAAAUCUUUGGCUGGCAAAAUCUGUUCCUGUUGUUGGUGUUUCCGUUGCAUUAGGAACAAUCGAAGAAGUUUAUUGUUUUUUUAAUCAGUCUCCACAAUUACUAGUAGAACUGGAAAACACGAUUUCUGUUCUUUUUCAGAACAACAAAGAGAAGGGUAACAAACUGAAGGAGAUCUGCCGUUCUCAGUGGACAGGCAGGCACGAUACUUUCGAGGUUUUAGUGGACCUCAUGCAAGCAUUGGUACUGUGCUUGGAUGCAGUAAGUAGCGACUCAUCCGUCAGGUGGAACAAUUCUACUGCCGGUCGAGCGUUUGUACUUUCAAGUGCAUUAACAGAUUUUGACUUCAUUGUCACUAUUGUAAUUCUGAAAAACGUUCUGUCUUUUACGAGAGCCUUCGGAAAAAAUCUUCAAGGACAAACAUCAGAUGUGUUCUUUGCUGCUAGCAGCUUAACAGCAGUGUUGCAUUCUCUGAACGAAGUGAUGGAGAAUAUUGAAGUUUACCACGAAUUUUGGUUUGAGGAAGCAACAAAUUUGGCUACAAAACUGGAGGUACAAAUUAAACUCCCAGGAAAAUUCCGCAGGGCGCAACAAGGGAACUUGGACCCUGAGAUAACGUCAGAAAAUUACUACAAAGAAAUCCUUAGUGUCCCCACAGUGGAGCAUAUUAUUCAAGAAUUAAAAGAUAUAUUCUCUGAACAACAUUUAAAAGCUCUCAAGUGUUUAUCAUUAGUGCCCUCGGUCAUGGGACAGCUCAAAUUCAAUACGUCCGAGGAGCAUCUCGCUGACAUGUACAAAAAUGACUUGCCUAAUCCAGACACACUUUCUGCUGAGCUUCAUUGUUGGAGAAUCAAGUGGAAGCACAGAGGAAAAGAUAUUGAUCUUCCAUCUACUAUUUAUGAAGCACUCCACUUGCCUGACAUCAAGUUUUUCCCUAAUGUUUAUGCCUUGCUUAAAGUCUUGUGCAUACUUCCAGUGAUGAAGGUGGAGAAUGAAAAAUAUGAACUAGGACGAAAGCGCUUAAAGGCGUACCUGAAAAACACCUUGACAGAGCAAAGGUCCAGCAACCUAGCUUUGCUCAACAUCAACUUUGAUAUAAAACAUGACUUAGAUUUAAUGGUGGACACCUAUAUUAAACUCUAUCCAGAUAAAGUGCAAUUUCAAGAUGAUUUUAUUCCCUCAAACAACUCGGAAGUAACAGAAGAUGCUUAAUUUUUUAAGCUCUAACCAAGCUGUUGAAAUAGCU